AUUAGGAAAGUGAUAAGAAGUAAAAUAAACAAUGGAAAGGAAAGUGGGGAUAAUAGGAGCAGGUAUUAGUGGUCUAUUAGCAUGCAAAUAUGCCCUUGCUAAGGGUUACCAUCCCAUAGUUUUUGAGUCACGAAGCACCAUUGGUGGUGUUUGGACCAAAACUGUGGAAACUACUAAACUCCAAACUCCUAAACCACUUUAUGAAUUCUCUGAUUUCCCUUGGCCUUCUUCUGUAGAAACUGUUUUUCCUGACCAAAACCAAGUAUUUGAUUAUCUUAAAUCUUAUGCUAAUCAUUUUGAUUUGCUUAAGCAUAUCAGAUUUAAUACUAAGGUUGUGAGUAUUAAGUAUGAAGGUCCUUCUGAUGAAGAGAUCCAAUCUUGGGCGCUUUGGGGUGGCAAUGGUGACCCCUUUGGUAAUAAGGGUAAAUGGGUUGUUACUACCCAAGAUCUUAAGAACCAAUCAACUGAGGUGAUGCAAGUAGAUUUCGUGAUCUUGUGUUUGGGACGAUUCAGUGAUGUACCAAAAAUGCCAGAGUUCCCCUCGGGAAAAGGGCCAGAAGUAUUUGCAGGUGAGGUGAUGCAUUCUAUGGAUUAUUCAGCCAUGGACUUUGAAAGUGCUAGAAAUUUGGUUAAGGGAAAGCAAGUUACCGUGGUCGGCUUCCAAAAAUCUGCACUUGAUAUUGCUAUGGAGUGUUCAAUUGCCAAUGGAGUAGAAAAUCCAUGUACAGUAAUAUGUAGGACUCCACAUUGGAAUGUACCAGACUAUUUUCCUUGGGGAUUUCCUCUUGCAAACUUGUAUUUGAAUCGCUUCUCUGAAUUCCUGGUUCAUAAGCCUGGAGAAGGCGCUCUACUCGGGCUCGUAGCCUCGCUACUUUCACCUUUGAGAUGGGGAAUUAGUAAAUUUGUGGAGAGUGAUAUUAAGAAGAAGCAUCAACUCGAGAAAUUCGGCAUGGUACCGGAACAUAGCUUCUUACAAGAGAUGAAUUCUUGUUUAAUUUCAACUGUUCCACAAGGAUUUUAUGAUAAUGCUGAGAAAGGAAGCAUCAUUUUGAAAAGAUCUCCAACGUUUACUUUUUGCAACGAAGGUGUUUUACUUGAUGAUAGAGUUGGAACAAAAGAGCCUAUUAAGAGUGAUUUGGUUAUUUUUGCUACUGGAUUUAGGGGAGAUCAGAAGCUUAAAGACAUCUUUGCAUCUCCCAAAUUUCAGGAUUACAUUUUCGGCUCUUCUAACAAUGCAGUUCCUUUAUACAGAGAAUGUAUCCAUCCACGGAUUCCACAAGUAGCGGUGAUUGGAUUUUCAGAGAGCAUUGCAAACUUAUACACUUCAGAAUUAAGGUGCCGUUGGUUAUUUGAAUUGCUUGAUGGGAAAUUUAAAUUGCCAAACGUUCAAAAAAUGGAGAAAGAUGUUUUAGAAUGGGACAAAUUCAUGAAGAGAUACUCUGGCCAGUACUACAGGAGAUCUUGCAUUGGAGCACUGCACAUUUGGUACAAUGAUCAGCUUUGCAAGGAUAUGGGCUUAAACCCAAAGAGAAAGAAAGGAUUGUGGGCCGAGAUGUUUGAGCCUUAUGGUCCAAUGGACUAUGCUUCAACCGUUUGAUGUUCAUUUGCCUUGCCUAAGAAGGCAUACAAACACAUGUUUUGGGCUUUUGUCUACUCCCUGAUCCUUGCUUCUUUUCCUUUUUUUUUAUGUGUCGUUCAUGUGUGUGAAAUUGAAUAAAAAAAUGUCUUGCAAUUUGUGUUACUUGUAUGCCAAUCUUUAUUUACUAAUUGUUAAUACUAGUUUGGAAGUCCAUGCAUUGCACGGAUUAUUGUUUA